GCAGACCCAAAUGACUGCUUUUUCAUGCGAGGGUACAGCUUCCCCCGUUGAGUUUCUGCCUGCUGCUUAGGGGAACAGAAUGACUGAAGAUUUAACAGACAAUGGACCGAAUGUAUCCUGAUGGCAUUUUGUGCAUGGAGACAUGUUGCUUGCUAUGGCAUCUGAGACUGAAAAGGCCCAUGCUCUUCUCCAGUCAUUCAGCACAGCUUCUGUAAUUUCAAGCCUAGGAUUGGGGUUUUUCUGCUUUGUAGCAGAUAGACUUCUGCAGUUUGCUGUCAUUCAGCAGAAUGACUGGCUGCGAGCACUCUCUGAUAACACUGUGCAUGGUGUUGUGGGAUUUUGGUCUUGGGCAAUAGUGAUAGGACUCAAGAAGAAAAGUGACUUUACAGAAGUCAUUUUAGCUGGCUUUCUUUCAUCUGUCAUUGAUGUGGAUCACUUUGUUCUAGCUGGAUCUCUCUCAUUACAGGCUGCUCUGACUCUACCACGAAGACCAUUCCUUCACUGUUCUACUGUGAUCCCUCUUGUGUGUUUGACAUUAAAGUUUAUUAUGCACCUUUUCAAGCUGAAGGAUUCCUGGUGCUUUCUUCCCUGGAUGCUGUUUAUCUCUUGGACUUCACAUCACGUUCGAGAUGGAAUUCGUCAUGGCCUGUGGAUCUGCCCAUUUGGAAAGACUGCGCCCUUGCCUUACUGGCUUUAUGUGGCAAUCACGGCAUCGUUACCUCAUCUCUGUUCUUUUAUUAUGUAUUUAACAGGAACAAGAGAACUGAUGGCAACCAAACACGGGAUGCGUAUUGAUGUGUAAUGAUCAUCUAGAAUGGUAGUGUUUGCAUCACUGAAGUAAUUGCCUCAUGUUUUCUGAGUUUGGUCUAAUGUUGAUUCUCUGAAACCACUGCUGCACAAGGUAAUGAACAUGCCCAAGCAAUCUCAUGAGCGUCUCCUGCACAUUUUUCCCACCCAAAAUCACAUAAGUAUUUUGUAAAGUAUCUGUAAUAGCAGCUAUUCACUUCCAUGCCCCUCCCUUUGCCAGUCUCACAUUUUGGGGGGAUAUAUUGCUUAAAGAAAUCUUAUCAGUGUACAUUUUUAGGUGUUCACUUAAAAAAUGGCAUGUGUUAGUUGGCCAGCAAAAGUGUAAGCAGGGCAAUUGUGUUGAACAGACAGGUUUUGUGGGGAAUGUUGUGAUUUCCUGAGUCUGCCAGCAAAUUCCUUUAUGCCUUAAUGUGAACGGCAUGCCAUGAUAUAUAUAUAUUUUGUGGGGGGAGUAUGGUUUUGCAUGCAGCUUUUUUGGUUGGUGCUACCCUGAAAGAAACAAAAUGCUGCUAAGGCACAGUUUGUAUAUAUUUUAUAUCACCACAAUGCAUUUGGGUGAGUUAAAUCAUAGCCUCUUCAAAUCUAAUUUUAUAUGUGUUUUAUAAACAUAGGGCACCAAAUGAUAUCAGUUGAAAUCCUUUACCUUAAAAUGGUCUGGGCUCUUGUCCUUCCUAGCUAGGUUCCAGGAUAAGUUCAACUUUAGCUAGAUUCCCGAAGGUUUGUGUUUCUGAAAUGCUUUAAUUUGUUGUCUUAUUUUAUUAUAUUUAUUUUAGUGAAUGACAGCACCUCUUUGCUUUGUUAACUUGUACUGUAAUAGCAUUAUGUUUUGUUUACUACAUACAUUUUCAUUGCAAUCCUAUGCCUGGAGAGAGACUCAGUGAGCUAAGUGGGAUUUACUACUAAGUAGAAAUUCAUAGGAUUACACUGAAGUAGCCCUUAUGGGGGCCUUUUUCUUAAUGAGUUUAGGGACUACUGGUAAAUGUGUAGUGUAGAACACUCUUGCAAACUUUGCAUGUAUGAAAGUGCAGGUUUGAUUUCAAAGAAAUUCUCCAUAUUAAUAGCCAGAACAUUUGUGUCAAAGCUAAUGGUGUAAAUACUGGAAGAGCUAUAAGGAAUAG